UUUUUUUUUCCUUUACCUUUUUUGUCUCACCCUUUUUUUUCCACGGCAACGCACGCACGCAACUGGGGGCAGAGAGGAAGCGCCCAGAAAAUCUAUCACCACCAGCCCAGUCCAAACGUUUGGCCGAGCAACGAGAAAAAGAGCCAAACGCAAGGACGGCGCGCUCUAUCCACCUCCCCCCAUCCUGGCCAUGUCAUAAUUGACUUACAAUACCGCUUUUAAUAGUCAUUCGUUCCAAAUUACUUACAUACAAUACUACGAUACUACGAUACUACAGCUAAUAAUACUAAUUGUCCCGUAAAACCCGCUUUACUCUCGUUUCCCCUUGGCUCCAUCAUUUGAGCCUCGACCUCGACCUUGAUCCCGACCGGGACUCCUGUCAGAUCUAUCAAACCACGACGUAUCCCCGUCGAAUAAACCACGAUCAUCGUUACUACAGAAAUAUUAUCGACUUAAAUAUCCUCGUCUGCAUCCUCCGCUAUUAAACAACCCUAUCUUCCGCCGUCGCUCGCUCGUUCAUCCAUCCCCUUGUAGCCUUCUGACGACUUUGGAGGUCGAGUAGUCGCCUCGUCGUCGUAGACAAGAUGGGUGGCUUUGGGGAUUUUACCGACAUCUGCCACACGGCACCUUUGCCGUUGUGUCCUUCCGUCGGUCCCAUUACCUCCAUCUCGAGCGGCGUCGGCAUCGAAACCGAUUGUUUUGCGCGAAAUAUCGAGUUGGCGAAUACCAUCAUAUUCCAAGGCGCGUCGAGCUUCAUGCACAUUCUUUCCCUCAUCAUGACCGUGGUGAUGAUAUUACAUAUCCGAGGGAAAUUCACUGCUGUUGGUCGCAAGGAGAUUCUAGCAUUCUUUUACUUCUACAUGCUACUAUCGUUCUUCUCCCUCCUCGUCGACGCUGGUGUUGUUCCUCCUGGCUCCGAUCCGUAUCCCUAUUUCGUUGCGAUACAAUCCGGUCUCACAUCAGCGCUGGUUACCUGCUUGUUGAUCAACGGAUUCGUCGGCUUUCAACUUUACGAAGAUGGUACUCCGCUAUCGGUCUGGAUGCUCCGACUCAGCUCGUUUGCGGCUUUCGCAGUCUCUUUCCUUGUAUCGCUAGCUACGUUUAAAUCAUGGGCAGGCAUGGGUCCGGCCAAUACUGUUGGCUUGUUCACGGUGUUAUAUCUUCUUAACGGCGUACAACUCGUCAUCUACGUGGCCUUGCAAAUCUUAUUGGUGGUUCGGACUUUAGAAGAUCGCUGGCCGUUGGGAGAUAUCGCUUUCGGUUUGUUCUUUUUCAUUGUGGGCCAGGUCAUUUUAAAUGCGCUGAGCUCCACGAUUUGCCAAGCGACAAGUCAUUACGUUGACGGCUUGUUCUUUGCGACAAUUUGCAACCUGCUUGCCGUCAUGAUGGUAUACAAGUACUGGGAUUCGAUCACUAAGGAAGAUCUUGAAUUCUCUGUCGGCACGCGGAUGAAUAACUGGGAAGUGAAAGAGCUUCUCCCCGAAGAAGACCGCCGAACAACCGUAUAUAUGGACGAUCCCUAUGGUCAAUCUAGCCCUUACGACCACUCGCCUUCAGGAAAUCGAAUGUCCCGCUAUUAGUUGCCUGGCAUCGCAGAAUCCUCGCAGGAUGAGAAAGAAAGUGAAAAGAGCGACAAAGGGGAAAUGGUCUGCUUCGAGGUGGUCUAGAUUUGACGAGCAAGUUGCAUUUACGAGGCGUCUCAGCUUGGCGGGAGAACUCAUGUGGGUUUCAUUGGAGAUAUAGAUAUUAACCUAUUCAAUAGCAGGUUAUCAUUUGGGCGCCAGCAUCGAUUGCUUUAUUAGGGUCUGCAUGUUCGACAUGGGAGAUGAUUGGGACCAAAUAGCUACGGCGGCGGAUAUUUAUUAAUACCUUAUCUAUGUUGUAUAUAUUAUGUAGCUGAACAUGAACAUGGAGACUGAUCUCGACGAAAUUUCGAGACGUUACUUUU